AAAACACGUAGUAACGUACCAGUCAUAUAAAUUGAACUUUUCAUAAUUUUCAUAUAAAAAAUGAACACCAAAAUGUAUCAUAUAUAUACAUUUAUUUUUGCUUUCUUAAUUUCGUUCACCGAAAUAAAGGCGCGUUCGACUGGAAGUAAUAGUUCAGUGGUAAAAAAUAAAGAUUGUUAUCAAACUGGAUAUAAUACGAUCAAAUGUUUAUCUAAUGACUACGAAAAGUCAAUGGAAGAAAUUUUAUAUACCGAAGAUUUAAUCGAUUCGGCAAUUAAUGAUUAUAAAAAUACUAUAAACAAUAUUAGAAAACGAGGUACUGGUAAUGAUAACAACGAUGAUAAAACAUGGAGUAUGCACAAUAAUAACGGAAGACUUAAUAUCGACAAAGGAAAUAAUAAUAAGCUUAGAAUUAUUAUUGAUAAUGAUAGUAAUGUAAUUUCUCUUAACACUAAGAAUAAUAAUAAUAAUAACAUUUAUGUCAGACAUAAUAGUAAUAAAAUUACUAUUACUGGUGCUAAUAAUAAUCUGCAAGUAUGUACUAUUGAUAACGAUAGUGGGGCACUUACUAUUAGAAAUGAAAAUAAUAAUAAAAAUACUAUUACUAUUAAUAAUAAUAGUGACGUAAUUACUAUUGAUAAUAAUAAUAAUAAUGAUAAUACAAUUAUUAUUAAUAAUAAUAGUCAUAUGAUUACUAUUAAUAAUGGUAAUAACAAUGUUAAUACGAUUAUUAUUAAUAAUAAUAGUAAACUGAUUACUAUUACUAAUACGAAUAAUAACGUUAAUAAAUUAACUAUCAGAGGAAAAAAAGGAAAGAUUGUUUUUAAUAAUAAUGGUAAUGCUGCUAAUAAUGUUAAUACAGUUAAUGGUCAUAAUUAUGAUUAAUGUACUAUAAUUUAAAUUAUUACAUUAAUACAAUAAAAAUAGGGAUGAAAAUAUAUAACACGCUAAUUACUAAACCGAUACUAUUACUACUAAUAAUUAUAAUUAACACGGAGAGAAAUGUCAAGUAAAUAUGCCUAUACAGCAUAGUAAAGGUUACAUUACUCUAUAGUUCGUGUCACGUCGCUUUUAUGUGACUUCUUAUACAAACUAUAAAGUAAUGUGACCUUUAUUAUGCUGCAUAGGCAUAUUCACUUAACUAUUCUCUCUAUGAAGAAUGUGUCAAUAAAUAUGAUUUAUUAUGUGGGAGUACUUUUCCACUCUCAGAAAAAAUUCCGUCAACCACCGUACUUUUCGGGUCAUAAAAUCCCUUCCCCUGUAUUCAAGGGGCUCAUGACGUCACGGGAUCCCAAGUACAACUGGUAGAGCACUCGGCGCGAUACUGAAUCGGUCUGGGUUCGAUUCCCAGUUCGAGCUGUGUAUAUUUUUCUCAAUUUAUCUAUAAAUUGUCUUAUUGAAAAGGUUUGCAUGUUUAGGUUUCCACUAUAUUUAAGUGUUAGCAAAGACUAACACCCUCGAGAGUCAAGGGGCAUAAGGCAGAUUUUCCUCAGCCUUCGGAAGACACGCACCACCAGUUUGGGACACUGGUCCCGUUUUCUUUUUUUCCUUAUCGUAUCAUUGUAAUCGCGGAGUACUGUUUUGACAUUUAUACUUACAUACAAAUUUGAUAGAUUGUAUCAUAUUGCUGUGACUAUUCUCUACGGGUUUUAUUAAUUAUUGUGGAAAUCAUUUAACAUUAUUAAAACAUUGUAAAGAGUGUAGUUAUAAAUUUAAAUAAAUCACUGAACUAAAGAAUUUAGACUACUACAAUCAAUAAUAUAAAAACUAAUAAUAAUAAUAAUAAUGAGAUCCCGGGAAAAAAUGAUCAGGUCUGAAGGCUCAUGUCUGAUCAGACCUGAAUUCACCCAGUUAUUUAUUUUUUCAAUUAUAAGCCUGAAAGACUUGUGCUUGUACAGAUCUGAUCAGGUUUAAUUAUUUUUUCCGGGUCUGAAACAAAAUAAAUUUUUUAUUUUUACGUUAUUGAAAAUUGUAAAUAUACAUUAUAUUAGAACAUCUUAAUGUUCUACGAUGUAAAUUGAUUAUCAUAAAAAUUAUAAGACAGAGUAUUAUAUGAAGUUUGUAGUGGGCAAUUAUCUAUGUAAACGACCAAAUAUGUUAAGAAAAUUUUUUUGAAUGUUUUAUGUGUACAAUUAUUUAAAUUAUUAACCUUGUAAAUUCAGUCCCCCUUACAGACUAUUAUCUUAAGAAAAUAAAAAAAUUAUCUCUGAUGUUAUGUUGACGAAAUUUCAUUACGACAUCUCUCUAAUUUCGAUUAUCAAUAAUGAUGAUAAUAAUUAUAGCAUUCGAAAAAAAUAUUUACUACAAAAAUACUCAGUUGACUAAUCACGUAGCAACGUACCAGUCAUAUAAAUUGAACUUUCUUAAAUUUUCACCUAAAAAAUGAACACGAAAAUGUAUCAUAUAUAUACAUUUAUUUUUGCUUUCUUAAUUUCGUUCACCGAAAUAAAGGCGCGUUCAAUUGGAAGUAAUAGUUCAGUGGUAAAAAAUGAUGAUUGUUUUCAAACUGGAUAUAAUACGAUAAAAUGUUUAUCUGAUGACUACGAAAAUUCAAUGGAAGAAAUUUUAUAUACCGAAGAUUUAAUCGAUUCGGCAAAUAAUGAUCAUAAAAAUACUAUAAACAAUAUUAGAAAACGAAGUACUGGUAAUGAUAACAACGAUGAUAAAACAUGGACUAUGUAUAAUAAUAACGGAAGACUUAAUAUCGACAAAGGAAAUAAUAAUAAGCUUAGAAUUAUUAUUGAUAAUGAUAGUAAUAUAAUUUCUCUUACCACUAAGAAUAAUAAUAAUAAUAACAUUUAUAUUAAACAUAAUAGUGAACGAAUUACUAUUAGUCAUGGUAAUAAUAAUGUGCAUGUAUGUACUAUUGAUAACGAUAGUAAGGGACUUACUAUUAGAAAUGAAAAUAAUAAUAAAAAUACUGUUAAUAUUAAUCAUAAUAGUGACGUAAUUAAUAUUGAUAAUAAUAAUAAUAAUGAUAAUAUAAUCGUUAUUAAUAAUAAUAGUCGUAUGAUUACUAUUAAUAAUGGUAAUAACAACGUUAAUACUAUUGUUAUUAAUAAUAAUAGUGAACUGAUUACUAUUAAUAAUAACAAUGAUAACGUUAAUAAAAUAACUAUCAGAGGAGAUAAAGGAAGGGUUAUUAUUAAUAAUAAUCCUAAUGCCGCUAAUAAUGUUAAUACAGUUAAUGGUGAUAAUUGCGAUUAAUGUACUAUACUUUAAAUUAUUGUUGUUAAUUCUAAUAACAUUGAUAUAAUAAAAAUA